AUGAGCGAGAAUAAUUUAAGCAAGGAUAAUAAUAAGAACAAAAGGAAUGAGGCAUUAGAAAAUCCUGGUAUGUUAGAUACUUUUUUUGAAAGUAUGUAUGAUCAUAUGAAUCGUCUUGAUCAAUAUCAUAGUGAUAUGAAUAGAAUGAUGAAUUCUUUAAGAGGUUAUUAUAUGAAUAAUGAUUUUUUUAGAUUAUUUCCUAAUAGAAGAUCAUUAGCAGAUUAUGAUAUUAAUCAUAAUAGAAAUAAUGAUUUAUUAAUAUCUAAACCUUUUUCAUCUAUGUUUAGAAGAGAUGGAUAUUCGAAUAUUCCUCCAAUGGAUGUUCUUGACAAAGAAAAACAUCUUGAAAUAAAAAUGGACGUUCCAGGUUUAAAUAAAGAAGAUGUACAAAUCAAUUUAGAUAAUAGAAAAUUAGAAAUAAGUGGAGAAUUUAAAAAAUCUCAUGAACAGAAAGAUGAACAACAAAGAUAUUAUAUCAAGGAAAGAUGUGAAUCAUCAUUUUAUAGAUCAUUUACAUUACCAGAAAAUGUUUUAGAAGAUGAUAUUAAAGCUACAUUCAAGGAUGGAGUUCUUAAAAUAGACAUACCAAAAAAAGAUAUACCAGACAAGAAAAAAAAAAAAAUAGAAAUAGAUUAA